AUGCCACCGAAGGGGAAGAAGGCUACAAGCAAAACUGCAAAGCGCCCAAGGGAUUCUUCUGAUUCCCAAUCUGAUGAUGACAUCCCGUACAAUGUUCCCCACAAACCAGAAACAUCCGUGAUUGUUAUCAGUGAUGAGGACAGUGCUUCAUCAGAUCAAGAUGAUCAGCAGACAAGGGAAUCGGUUCAGAAGAUGAUGCAUGACCUUCAAGGUAACUUUACAAAGUCCUACCUUGCAAAGAGAAAGCAGUUUCGUCAAGAUAUAAGAACAUCUAUCGAUAUUUUGAAUGAAAAACUUGUGCGUAUUUUUAGAACACAACAAACGGAAAGGGAGAUGUUUCGUGCCAGAUAUUCUAAGAUGUCUGAGCCUUUGCUCCAACAGUGGGAAAAGGAUGUGAUCAAAGUUGGGCAAGAAGAAGACAGUUUUGUUAAUUCAUCCCAUCAACAUGCAGAGACUUUGUAUAACACUACAAUGGCGCAGAGAACAGCCAUGGAUGAAGCAAAAACUAUUUCUGACCAGUUUCUAAAGAAUAUACAAGACCUGGAGAACGAACACAAAAUUCUUGAUACUGUUGAGCAAAACAGAUUGGAAAAUGAAAUGGAAAUCCUGAGGAAUAAAGUUGUGACAGAAAAUCAACAACAAGACUUGGCAGCUAUAGAAUCGUGUCUUCAUUCUCUGUUCUCCGAGGAUAUUGAAGAAGAUAAGCUGUGA